GAGAGAGAGAGAGAGAGGUAUGGAAGUGAAGGGAGGGGUAAAAUGAGCACCAAGCAGCAGUUGGAGGCAAAAGCGUUAUAGUCGGAGACAAAACGAUGAGGAUUAGACAGAGAACGAGAGACAGCGAGUGAGUAAAACACACGUGACGGGGCAAACACUCACACGCUUGUUUCCACGGUGACAACAUGGGGGCGGUUGUUGGCACAUUGGCUAUGCAGACGAGACAGCGGCGACCAUCAAGAGAUAAACUAGAUGAUGAAUUGGAGUUGUCGGUAGUUUGUCAUCGUCCUGAAGGAUUGGAGCAACUACAGGCACAAACUAGCUUCAGCAAGAAAGAACUACAAGUGCUGUACAGGGGCUUUAAAAACGAAUGUCCCAGUGGAGUCGUGAAUGAGGAGACCUUCAAACAAAUCUACUCACAGUUCUUUCCUCAAGGAGAUGCCAGCACAUACGCACAUUACCUGUUCAACGCUUUUGACUCCUCCCACAAUGGAUCCAUCAAAUUUGAGGACUUUGUGACCGCUCUGUCCAUCUUACUGAGAGGCUCAACAACAGAGAAGUUACAGUGGACCUUUAAUCUAUACGACAUCAACCAAGAUGGUUACAUUAAUAAAGAGGAAAUGACGCAUAUAGUGAAAGCCAUUUAUGAUAUGAUGGGCCGUUUUACAUAUCCUGCCCUGAAGACUGACACCACCAAACAACACGUGGAUGCUUUCUUUCAGAAAAUGGACAAGAAUAGAGACGGAGUGGUCACACUGGAUGAGUUUAUCCUCUCUUGUCAAGAGGAUGAAAACAUCAUGCGAUCAUUGCAGCUCUUUGAGAAUGUCAUAUAGCCACAGGAAGAUGGAGGAUGAGAGAGGAUUUAAUACAAGAGUGAGCGGAGAAACGGAGGGAACGAAACAUGAACUUUGAAGCUGAUCAGUGUUAUGGCCAAAAGGAGGAAAGACUUUGACCCUCAUCACUAUGGUUACAGAUGUGACUGUUUGUUCUUCAGAUCUGUCUUAGACUGUCUUUACUUUGUUGCCAUAGCAAUAUGAUGUCUGCUUAACCUGCUGGAAAACAAGCAUUUUCUAUGUCUUCAGAACUUUUUUUCUUUUUAGACAGUUUGACCAUGUCUGACCCUAUCAGACCUUAUCUCACCCUAUCAGUCAUUAUCUGACCCUAUCAGACCUUAUCUCACCCUGUCUGACCCGGUCUAAUAUUAUCUGACCCUAUCAGACCUUAUCUCACCCUGUCUGACCCGGUCUAAUCUUAUCUGACCCUAUCAGACCUUAUCUCACCCUGUCUGACCCGGUCUAAUCUUAUCUGACCCCAUCAGACCUUAUCUCACCCUGUCUGACCCGGUCUAAUCUUAUCUGACCUUAUCUGACCCUAUCAGACCUGAUCUCACCCUAUUAGACCUUAUCUGACCCUAUAAGACCUUAUCUCACCCUGUCUGACCCGGUCUAAUAUUAUCUGACCCUAUCAGACCUUAUCUCACCCUAUAAGACCUCAUCUGAUCUUAUUUGACCUUACCUGGCCCUAUCUGACCACUUUCUUUCUGUUCCAGAAAAAUGUAUGUUGAUAACCAAACGGAAGGAGGUUUAGAAAGCAUGUGUUACUUGUGUUAAUCAUGUGCGUGUCUAAGCAGAUAGAGCAGGUUUAAUUUAUGAAAUUAAACGGGUUCAUUUAUGCCCGGUGGGGUUCCCAGAGGUCCUUUAAAAACCCAUCUUCUUCCGUCUGAACUUUGCAGAACUGAAUUACUGUGAUCAGUCCUAAAAUAUCUUGUUGAUCUUUGAUGUGUCCAAGUAUUUUCGUGUGUUUAAGAGCUGUCCGUGGUGGAUUUAAGUGAAUUUUUUUGCAGAACUACUUCUGAUACGCUCAACGUUUCUACGCUAAACACACAAAUGUUUAUCAUGUUUCCCUAUUUUUCAGAGAAAAACCCUUUCCUUGUACUUCUAAUGAACCAACCAAUCAGCGGUCAUUCAACUGGAUUUACAUAACCAAUCAGCAGUCGUUCAGCUUUAUCCCAACUAAAGUGAUAAAGUAGUUCGAGAGCAGCAGCGCGUCUCAUUAAUAACAGUGUUACAGCGUGUUUGUCUUUUACAGUAUUAACGGUUGUAUUAUAAUAUCGUGCUCGUGCUGAGAUGUCUCUCUUCAUCCGCUUGCUGUUGAUCUGAUGUCUGUCUGUGUGUGUUGUUGUGUGAGUUUGUGCUCGUCACUUGUACUAGUCUCGGAUGUUGUGUGCUUGUCAUUGCUUUUAGCUCCACCUACUCAAAUCUCUGCUUCCUGAUUGGUCUGUUUGUCAGUGUCAGAGAGGGAGGAUUUGUUUGUGGGUGAAUCUCACAAAGACUCAUCCGUGUCAGUAGUUCAACCGGUAUUUGUGUAAAUGUUCUUGAGGUCUCACGUUGAAAUGCUUUGAAAUCUAUCGUGCACUCUCAUUGGAUAAGUUUUUAAAAGUAUUUUUUUUAAAUAAUUUCUUUCAAUGCGAAACUUACGUUUUAAUAUGUUGACACGAUUAUAUUUUUGCAUACAAAACUAAAUUCAAACAUUGAAGCAUAAGCCGUCUCAUUAUACAUAAAAUUGGGGACAAACAGGAAAUGUUUAUACAGUUUUGCUCAAAAUGAUUCGCACUCAUCUCUAUAGAGGAAUUGUCUCAAUCUCUUUGUCAGGUGUUCUUUAAACGUAUUAGGCAUUAUAAGUUAAGACGCAGAGCUGUUAUCUUGGCAAAAAUAAGAGGUUGUAAAAGAAUAAUUAUGA